GUUAGCAAACGGCGGCUUGAACAAUGUGCAGGACCUCUGCAGGGAGCUUGGAGCUCAGGUCCACAUGGCACCGUUCAUUUGCGGCCCAGACCAGGACCUGGCCUCUUCGGUCAUCCAGAACAAAUGUCCGGAGGUUGCUUUCAUGCUGAAAGAAACGCUGCGACAAUGCUUGGACGAGAG